AUGAACGUAUUGAAAUUGCAAAAGAAGUACCCAGUAUUACAACAGUCUGAUCUUUUUAAUAUAAUUGAAGACUUUAGAGCAAUUGACUUGGAGAAUAAAGGUUGGGUGGAGAAGAAGGAUGUAAUUAACAGUGUGAGCAAACAAGGAGAAUAUUCCUACGACGAAACAAGAGAAACAUUGAAACAUGUUGAUGUUGAUGCUUCGGGACAUGUUGAAUUGGAUGAUUAUGUAGCAUUGGUUGCCAAGUUGAAGGAAUCGAAGGGGGGGAUUUCGGAAACUCCACAAUUGAAUAAAAAGACUGCACCUCCCAUUCCUAGUGCCAAUUCUAAAAACAAGACUUAUAUUGAAGGGAAAACUUCAGGAACUACCCACACGAUUAACGACGAAGAGCGCACUGAGUUUACCAGACAUAUCAAUUCGGUUUUGUCGGGUGAUUCCGAAGUUGGAGACAGAUUGCCAUUUGAUACAGAAACCUUUCAAGUUUUUGAUGAGUGUAGAGAUGGGUUGGUGUUGUGUAAAUUGAUCAACGAUUCUGUUCCGGAUACCAUUGAUACAAGAGUUUUGAACUUGCCAAAGGGAAAGAAGCAAUUGAACAAUUUCCAAAUGUCAGAAAAUGCAAACAUUGUUAUCAACUCCGCAAAGGCGAUUGGUUGUGUUGUUGUGAAUGUUCAUUCCGAGGAUAUCAUUGACGGUAAAGAGCACUUGAUCUUGGGAUUAAUUUGGCAAAUCAUUAGAAGAGGAUUGUUGAGUAAGGUGGAUAUCAAAUACCACCCUGAAUUGUAUCGUUUGUUGGAGGAUGAUGAAACCUUGGAACAAUUUUUAAGACUCCCACCUGAACAAAUUCUUUUGCGUUGGUUCAACUAUCAUUUGAAAAAUGCCGGUACUAGCAGAAGAGUUACAAACUUUGGUAAAGAUGUCAGCGAUGGUGAAAACUACACCUACUUGUUGAAUCAAUUGAAACCUGAUGUUUGCGAUUUGUCACCUUUGAGAACUAGCGAUUUGUUAACCCGUGCUGAGCAAGUUUUAGAUAACGCUGAGAAGAUUGAUUGUCGUAAAUACUUAACUCCAAAGUCAUUGUGCUCUGGAAAUCCAAAGUUGAACUUGGCUUUUGUGGCUAAUUUGUUCAAUACCCACCCUGGUUUGCAACCAAUUGAGGAACACGAAAAAGUUGAAAUUGAAGAGUUUGAUGCGGAAGGUGAGCGUGAAGCUAGAGUGUUUACCUUGUGGCUCAACUCUUUGGAUGUCGACCCACCAGUUGUAUCUUUGUUUGAGGAUUUAAAGGAUGGUUUGAUCUUGUUACAAGCGUUUGACAAAGUUUUACCUGGAAGUGUUUCAUUCAAGCAUGUAAACAAAAAGCCGGCCAAUGGAGAGGUCUCCCGAUUCAAGGCGUUGGAAAAUACAAACUAUGCAGUCGAAAUAGGGAAAGCUAAUGGGUUUUCUCUAGUUGGUAUAGAAGGAUCCGACAUUGUUGAUGGAAAUAGAUUGUUGGAUUUAGGUCUUGUUUGGCAAUUGAUGAGAAGAAACAUUGUCAAUACUUUAGCUGAGUUGGGCAAGGGAGGUCAAUUGAGUGAUGCUGAUAUAUUGAAAUGGGCAAACCUGCAAGUCACAAAAGGAAACAAGUCAUCUCAAAUUAGGUCCUUCAAGGAUACCUCUUUAUCAACCGGGGUUUAUUUGUUGGACGUAUUGAAUGGUAUGGCACCGGGCUAUGUUGAUUACGAUUUAGUCUAUGAAGGAAAGACAGAAGAGGAGAGGUAUGCCAAUGCUAAGUUGGCCAUUUCAAUUGCUAGAAAGUUGGGAGCAUUGAUCUGGUUGGUUCCUGAGGAUAUAAAUGAGGUUAGAAGCAGAUUGAUUUUAUCGUUUGUAGGAAGUUUGAUGGCUGUGGAGAGUAAGUGA